AAUGCGGUCGCCCCCUUGGGAAAGUACAUAUCUGGGAUCAGCAGGCGGCUGUGCGCUCGCACUCCGGAUCGGCCUCCCCACCGCGCUGUUGCCUCCCCGCUCCCGCCGCCGCAGCCCCAGGGCCGCUUGCCGCCGCCACCAUGGACGCCAUCAAGAAGAAGAUGCAGAUGCUCAAGCUCGACAAGGAGAACGCCUUGGAUCGAGCGGAGCAGGCGGAGGCCGAUAAGAAGGCGGCGGAGGACAGGAGCAAGCAGCUCGAGGAGGACAUAGCGGCCAAGGAGAAGCUGCUGCGGGCGUCGGAGGACGAGCGGGACCGGGUGCUGGAGGAGCUGCACAAGGCAGAGGACAGCCUCCUGGCCGCCGAUGAGGCCGCCGCCAAGCUGGAAGAUGAGCUGGUGUCGCUGCAAAAGAAACUCAAGUCCACCGAAGAUGAACUGGACAAAUACUCCGAGGCUCUCAAAGAUGCCCAGGAGAAGCUGGAGCUGGCGGAGAAAAAGGCCACCGAUGCUGAAGCCGACGUAGCUUCUCUGAACAGACGCAUCCAGCUGGUUGAGGAAGAGUUGGAUCGUGCCCAGGAGCGUCUGGCAACAGCUCUGCAGAAGCUGGAGGAGGCUGAGAAGGCAGCAGAUGAGAGUGAGAGAGGCAUGAAAGUCAUUGAAAGCCGAGCUCAAAAGGAUGAGGAGAAAAUGGAAAUUCAGGAGAUCCAACUGAAAGAGGCCAAGCACAUCGCUGAGGAUGCCGACCGCAAGUAUGAAGAGGUGGCCCGUAAGCUGGUCAUCAUUGAGAGUGACCUGGAGCGUGCAGAGGAGCGGGCUGAGCUCUCAGAAGGCCAAGUUCGACAGCUGGAAGAACAAUUAAGAAUAAUGGAUCAGACCUUGAAAGCAUUAAUGGCUGCAGAGGAUAAGUACUCGCAGAAGGAAGACAAAUAUGAGGAAGAGAUCAAGGUCCUUUCUGACAAGCUGAAGGAGGCUGAGACUCGGGCCGAGUUUGCGGAGAGGUCAGUAACUAAAUUGGAGAAAAGCAUUGAUGACUUAGAAGACGAGCUGUACGCUCAGAAACUGAAGUACAAAGCCAUCAGCGAGGAGCUGGACCACGCUCUCAACGAUAUGACUUCCAUGUAAAUGUUCAUCCACCCUGCCUGCUCACACCCGUGCCCUCAUGCUAAUAUGAUAAAUUCGCCACCACUCCCUUCUGUAUCUCCAGAAUCUCCAUCUUUACACCUUUAUGCUCACUGUCUUUGCAUAAUCUAGGAUAGUAAUUGUUUUUUCACAUUCUACUAACAUAAAGGCCAAGUAGAUUGUCUGUCUAUACAAACCAUUUUCCUUUCAGAAUCCAUUCAUUUCACAUUGUCUCAGCUAGAUCAUUCCCAUGAAGCAGUGAACUGGAAUAUGUGUGACUUGGGCACUGUCCUUUUAGGAAAUUAAACUAGGCUCAAGUAGAAUUGGUAGGCCACGCAAUUGUGCAGGAAUUUCCCAAGAAAUAUCAAAAGGCGGUUUCCUGAGAUUCAAUUAAAUACAAUGUGAACAUUUUUCAUAAAAGAAAUAAUAAAUUUAAGGAACCCAACAUGGUCAGAUGACUGAGGCUCUUAGAGAAGGGAAAUUGAUCCAGAACAGCAUAAAGAAUGUUGCUGUAAAAAGUCACAUCUUCCUUUUAAGAAUUAUAGACAGAAAUGAACCCUCUGCCGGGUAGCCAAGCCUUUAAUUUUCUGUUUAUAUAAAAGAAUUAACAUACAAACACCACAACCUGUGUCAAAGAAAUGGGACAUAAAACACAGAUUGUGUUAUAUGAGUUUAGGAGUUAAUGGCCCAGCUUUUACUACUGCUGGGCAGUAAGAGUGAAGUAGAUAGUCUUAAUCUCACGAGAACCUGGAGCAUACACAACUAACUUAACAUAUUACUAACCAAACCUGAAUGUUAAGCUGGUUCUGCCCCUCUAAAUUCUAACCUGGAAUGUUUCACAGAGGCUUCCUUUUAAUCUCAUAAGAUGGCACUGAAUUCCAUGUAAGCUGGAUAUUUCAGUGUCCUGGCCCACCUGUCAUUGCUUUACCCGUGCAGAAAAAUGGUAGCUUGAAGAGUGUUGGCAAGUGCCUGCUGCCUUAUAGAUUAUAGAAUCGCCACACUACCCCUUGAGACAUGACUGUCACCAUGGAAACUAGAGAGAAUUCCAUCCUCUCUUCCCUCAUUUGUAAAUGGGGGGAUGGAUCAGAUCAUCUGUCUCUCAGUGCUAAAAUGUGGUGAUUCUAUGAGAAAAACUUUUAGCAUUAAGUAUGGUUAAAUAUUCUGAAAGGUGGGUUUAGCUUAAAAUCUGUUUUAAGUUCUGUUCAUGGGUCUUUUGCAAUGAAACUCCCGCAGAAGGGGCUUGUGCUGGCCUCGGGUCCAGACACUGGUGGGCAAGGAUUGACAUCCUCCCGUAGAUAUGGCUGGCAGCGGGUUUUGCAUGUCUGCUUCUUACCUGUGUUUCAAAUGCCGCUCUCAUCUGUUAGUUUAGCUUCCCUGUUUUCCAUUGUGCCACUUUUUUCCUUUUUCUCCCACCUUUUCUCUUCAUGCAGAUAAGUCUCUUUGCUUCACUUCUCGCACGACCCCUUCAUCAAGCUGGAUGUCCCUCCUCUCUGAGUUCUGCAGUUUGUCUGUUCUUCAGCUGACCCUGGUUCUUUCUUUCCACAUCCUGCCUUAGGGCCAGGCACACACUGUGCUUCCUAUUGUACAGAAGCUCCUCAUUGCAGUGUAAAAUAAACACUGUGUAAGCUAUUUCUGUUUGCUAUUCUUUUUACUUCUUAUUUAUUGACAUUUUAGUUUCAACACUGAAUAAAACUCCAAAUCUUCAUCACACAUAUGAGGGUUAAUUUUUGGCUGCUGCUUUGCUUCCCCCCCGCCCAUUCUGAACAUCAUACAGUAAUACCAAGAGACUCUAAAACAGUAGUUCCUUGUGGAACUUUUUAAAAAAUACCCAUGCCUGGGUCCCUCUCAGAGUUCUGGUUUGCAAAGGUUACAGUGAGGCCUGGGCAUGUGUGUCUUUUUAGAGAUUGAAAUGGCUCUGGUAUGUAGUACGGGUUGAGAACCUCUGCACAGGGGAUGUUGCUUGUUGGAGCCGGAAGAUCUGCCUUGAGCAGUGCCUUCCUCUGCCAGAUGUUUAGUUGGGAUGUGGUGAGCCCUCUGUGUUAGUGUUUAGAUAGCCCUGCUUGGGAGGGUGUGGCUGCCACCCCACAUUGCUAGGAACUUACAUAUCAGAAAAGGUGAAAAGGAAUGUGGAUUCAAACAGUGUAAGUUGAGGUUAUUGUUGAUCAUCCUUUUACAGCACAAAGAACAGUUAAAGCUUUUUAAGAGUAUAUUCAUUCUUCAGCCACCUUCGUUUUGAUCAUGAAAUGACAUUCUUAGGUUUAAGGAGCAUACGAUUAUGUUCAAGUCAAGAUUUAUUUUUGUGCUCUUAAGCGCAUCAUGUUUUCUUUAGGAGGGGUUGUACUUACAGUAAAUCUUUGUGGUAAUUAACUUUUUUAAAAUUUGUGAACAUCUUUAAAGCAUAGCCAUUAAAGUUGGGUCUUUUUUUUUUUUUUACCCCUUAAAAAUAGUAGAAAUUGUUCAGUUAUAGUUUAUCAGUUAUAUUUAUAAAUUCAAAACCAGCAAUUAAGUGAUUUUUUUUUAUAACGCAUCACAAAAUUAGAACUUAAAAAUGAUGUGGACUUUUAUUUCUUAAUUCCCAACAUUUCUCCAUCCUCAACAGUCUGGCUGUAUUUCUCCUGUGUUUUAAAUGUGGGUGACCUUCAUCUGUUUGUGUAUAGUUUUUCUUAGCCUAAUAGUGUUUAUAUACCCCUGUAUUCAAGUAAAUUUGGACAAAUUGAAAAUGUCAGUCACUCUACAAAACCUCAGAAGAGAGUAGAAAUACUCUUUUUAAGAGGUAAGUGAAUUUAGUAAUGGUAUAGUGGACUUCUAAAACUUUAUAAUUUAGACAGUGUCUCUCCCUUGAGAGUGUAAAGUCUUCAGUAAUUUCUUGUUUAUCUUUUCCUAAGGCUUCUUGGGCCUGCUUUUGACUAUGAUUCCUGCCUUGUUCUUUUAAAAUUCAGAGUAAUAGAAGUGGGCCCUUCUCUGAGUAACCCUGCUUCCUGCUAUAGAUAAAAUGACAAGUCUGAAAGUUCUGCUGAGCAGAUGUUCAGUUAAUUUUGGAGGCACAUCUGUUUUUUGAAAGCCAUUCCGGAGAUUUUCACACUUCCUAUAAGUAUAUUCUACAAGGGGAAAUGGGAAACUGAUGGAUUGGAAGACAAAUCUGGAAUAGCCCAAGAAGGUAUGGGUGCACAGGAGGAUAAAUAGCUUUUUGAUUUUAUCAAGAAAUUGUUGGGGCCCAGGCUUCUAGCUCAGAGGGUCAGGCCAUAUGUAGAGGCAACUGCUGCAAGAGCCUUGGUUGGACCAAACCCCAAAAGCAUUGCUUGGCACUAGACAUCCCAGACAUUGGGGAGGUAGAACAGGAAGGAAGAAUACUUGCAAACAUACAAGCGUUCCAGGCACACCAGUUCCAUGGCAGCUGAAGUGGAGCAGGUCCAAAGGAGGAUGUGGUAGGGACAGCUGUCAUUUAAGCUGCUUUCACAUUGACCCUCUGGAUUCUCUGGGAUUUCUCCAGAGUUCUUCCAUCCCAGCUUGGCUGUACAUUGGCUCAGCAAACUAAGACAUCCUACCUGCCUGGGGUGGUAUCUCCCACGCGAUAGUGUGAAUGUGCUAGUGGGGUAUAGACUUUGCACCCCCCAAACAUGCAAGAUACCAUGAAAGGUAGGAAGGAUGUGGUAAAGAGAUGAACCAGAAAUGUUCUUUGCCCUCAAUGAGCUGGCUAUCUUGUGAGAAGAUAGAUGAGGGAAGCAAGUCUGAACUAACAGAUGGUGUGCAUUUAGAGUCAACAAGGAAUAGAGACUAGUUCUGACUGGGCGCUACCUGGAGGAGGUGACAUUUGACUGGGGUUUCGAAUAUUCAGAAAAUUUGGAUCAACAAAGAAGACAACGCAGCAGCUAUUCCAAGCUAGAAAGCACAACGAAUAUAGCGUAUUCCCCAUCUCCUACCAUACAUGAGAGAAAAUUAAAAUAAGAAUUGAUCAAUUUCCCCACAGACCUGGGGGCUAGAGACGGAACAUUUUUCUUUUCCCCGGGGUAUAGGAUUACUGCUUUUCCAGAUCAUUAAGUUAGAGUUUUGUGGGUCUAGGUCGUCACCGUCAUUGGAAACAAUAAAGUAUUCUCCAGCUUUUCAUGGUAAGUGCCAGGUUCUUGUCCUUGUUGGGGCAUCCCCUGGACCACCAGAUACAGACUGACUCUAGUAGCUGCCUGCCUUGCCAAGUGAGCAGAUCACAUGCCCUAGUGUAAAAUGCUUUUCACACUGGUCUCCAUAUGGCUGUUUGAGAUUUUAUUCAUUUUAUACAUGUCCAUCGAGCACCAGAGAAUGCCAUCCUCUUCAGAAGAUCAGCAGUUAAAUUUUAAGUCAGUUUUGAGUGGAGAUAAAUGCUUGUUCUUUUGCUGUUUGAGUAGGGUAACACACCCGGUAUCUAGGCUGGACGAGAGUUCAGAAUUUGCACCCUGUAUCACAGCAACUAGGGGAGGGACAGGGAGCUCAGUUCUGCUGUUAAUGAAGUGGCAGUAGCCCCUCUUGGUGCUACCUGAAAGGAAAGCCGGCCCUGGGAGUGGAGAUGAAAGGAGUUGCAGGAAGAGGUGAGCAGAAAUGGGCAGGUUGAGGUUUCGCAGGAAGCUCUCAGCUGAACCCUAGCAAGGGGUGGGCUCGCCUCCAGCCCUGCCCCUGUUCCUGAGGCUGUUUCCAGAAGCUGCAUUCAGCCCGGUUUACACAGUGGUUUUACUGAGAUGCAUGAGGAACAUACCCUCUCUCUGUCCUCCUCCUCGGAUCCUGCUGCUCUCUUUCCCUCCCGUCCUGCCAAGAGAGUAGUCCUGGCUCUUCCUAAGUCUGCCAGGCCUUUUCCAUCCGCCCUUCCUGGGCACAGGACAGCUGACCACAGGGUAAGGGUAACCUGCUCAGCAAGUGACUGGCGCCCGAGGUACUCUGUGUUCUGUCUGUGAGCUCCCUCUCACCACCUCCAGCUAACCUCUCUUCCUCUGCCUCUUCUCUUCUGCUAACCUGCUUGCUGACCUGUACAGACGAACUCUACCAGCAACUUGAGCAAAACCGCCGCCUAACUAACCAACUAAAGCUGGCCCUGAAUGAGGAUUAAACUUAAGUGGGAAAGAACCUGGGCUGAAUUCUAGGAACGCAGCCCAUGGGCAGGAAAUCUAAGACUGUCAUACCUUCACCUAAUAGGGUUGAAAACGAUUCCUUUCUGCAGAAUUGAACAUGAAUCAGUUGAAUGACUGGCCUUGCCUGUAUUUUCCUCUCAUAUCUGGAAUAAUUAAGUUCUCUUUAAUCCCCAAACCACUUUUAUGGUAAAAUUACAUCUGUGUUUAUGGAUCAAUGUUUAUAAUCAAUUCAGCACUCAUCUUUGCAAGAGCAGGUCCUCUUGUUUGAGCUGAUACAUAAUGAGGACCAAAAAAAUGUUUUCUAUUUCCUACAGAGAACUGAGUCUUGCUUUAAGUUAGAAAGCCAAAGCAGAGGGAUGUGUAUGCAUAUAAGUAUAUAUAUAUAUUAUAUAUAGGAUAUGAUAUAUAUAAUAUAUAUUCCUAUUACAUAUUCAUAUUUCUAACUUCUAAGUAUCUGGUAUAGUGUUUGAAAUAUGAUUACCUAUGCUUGGGCAAAAUAGCUUUUGAAAACAGGAGUUGAUGUCAGAAGUCCCUGAUUGUCUGAAAGGUAUGCUUUUAUUCAGUCUAACAGUGUUGGAUUCUGGUGAGAAUGUCAUGCUAAUAAUAAAUAGAACACUGUGAAAAUAAUAAUAAGAGAAUGUCCUACUGGAGUGUGCAUGAAACGUGUUGGUAAUUUUUUUUAAUGAGUAACAGAAAUAAAUCAUUGAAAAAGUU